AUGAACGCAAAAUGUUAUGCACUUGCAAUUGCAGCGCUGCUGCACUGCGCGCUUGCGCGGGUGUCGUUUGACGAGGUCAUGGAGAUGCAAAGCACUGAAAUAGGAGAGGGCCGCGCCUUCAUCAACCCGAGGGGGCCACUCUGCUUGCUGCGCGGGCUCGUGUACUCCGAGCAGGGAUACAUGCACAACAAGCGCUUCUUUGCUCCUGAAAUAGAAACUGACUACAAAGUGGAGCCCGCUGGAGAUGUUGAAAAAACAAUGGAGCACAAAUACACAAGAAGCGCACAGAACGACAAGCCCUAUCCGCCUGCAGAGGGGCCCGCUCUGAGCUCCAAGCCUGCUCGCAAAAACUACGCCGAAGAGUACCACCGCAUCCUCAUCGAGAUGUUUCCGUCUGUCGACGGGCACACCCUAUCGGUCGCUGUCGCCCGAGAUGACUCCUUCUUCCAGUUUCUGCAGGGGAUGCCCACCAAACAGCACGCGCACUACGUGCUGGCUGCGCUCCUCCUGCUGAGCGAGGGCGUCAAUGUGCCCAUCGAGGCCACACAGAAAAAGAUCACACUGGGAACAAGCAUUCUUGGCAACUUGCCGCCAGAGCACAGAAAAACUGUGGGAAAGGAAAGCAGCACAGUGGGGUUUAAAACAAAAAAAGACUUGUGCAAAAAGGCCGCACAGGUCAUAAACUUCUUCAAAGACAGCAAAGGCAAAGGAAAACUGCCGUGCACGCAAAGCGACUUCAACACCGGCGACUUUCUAAACACGCCGCAGUUUCUCAUCCAGGCGUACGUCUUUGAGUACAUCACGAGCAAGGACGACGCCCUGGACUUCGCAGCGUGCGCGCACGCCAUCCUCACAAGCCUGCCGGAAAAUGAGAGGAAAGACGUAUACAGCGCGUGUUUUGUGGAGAGCAAGGCCGAGGAAGACGAACUUCUGCACCAGCUUAGGAUGAUUCAGAAAGCCAUGAAGAAUCUGGACUCGUUCCCGUUCACCAGCCCAAGCAUGCUGCCGGCGUACACAAGCGUGCAUGCCUGUAAGAGAGGCCAAACAGAGUUUUUGGACGAAACCUUCAGCAACUGCGUGGAGGCCGGCCUGUUUGCGCUCUUCUGCUGCCUUGCACACGACCCAGCCCAGAAUAAGUACGACGCGGACGCCAUGCUCGGCGAGGCAAAAGGGCACAAGGAAGCAAAGGCUCUGCGCGCCUUCUUCCAGUUGAAGGGCGUCACCCCAAAGGCGUGCGCCACCAAAGAGACAAUGCAGGAGUGGAACCGCGUCGUGUCUGGCCUGCAGAGCGAGCACAUCGCGUACAAAAGGGAGAGCAGAAACGAGGUGCGCUCCGGAAUUUUCAAUGUUCUCUACGUUGUCGCAGAGGUGACGGGCAGGCAGGAAGAGGAGGAGCCGAGAAUACGCGAGCUUGCACUGAUGCUAGAAGGCUGCAAAAUUGGCGAGACCUAUGGAGAUGUUUUUGAAAAAAUACAGGAGUACGUGGCAAAGCUUUUCGAGUCUCUCUCCGUGGAUAAGAGCUUACGAGUGGAAUUUUUUGACUUGAAGGUCGGCACCCGAAGCGACGGGCAGAAAGACCUCUACGGAGAAAUCACUCUGAAGUACACAGAAAAAGACAGCGCGAUAGAACAGGGCAUAUGCCUUGCCUUUCAGCCCGGGCAUCUAAAAGUCGCCCUGUGUCCGUGCGUCUUCCUUUCUCUUACGGACGAAGAAAAAAAGGCCUUAUUUGCGGUGAACAGCCAUAUACAGCCCAAGACCUUUGCUGAGUGCGUGUUUGCCAGCUAUGCAGACGCGUGGAGGGCCAGGGCCAGGGGCACGGAGUACUGUGAGUCUAAACAUACUGAAGACACUCGGGGGGCCAUAGAGCGCUUAGCUGUGGAUGGAGGUUCUAAGCAGCCAAACAGGCUUUUUAUACUGGGGCCAGUCUUGAAAUACGAGCAGACAUGUGAAAUCAUCGAGAUGUUCUGGCGGUAUACAACAGAAGGCAUGGUCGAGCUGACCCGAGAGCACCCGGGCGUGCGCCUCAUCUCGAAUCUGCUGGGAAGUCUCCCAUUGGACGACUUCGUAACACAGGGGUAUCUGCUGCAAAGCGCAGUCUGUCUGAAUUUGCUGGGCGAGCUGUGCCCAAAAGUCAGCCUGUCAAAGGAAAGACGCGCAAAAAUCUAUAGAAACACAUUCGCUGCCCUCAAAAUAGUGGGCUACAUUGGAAAAGACUAUGCGCGCGCUGCUGAUGUUGUUAUGAAGCACUUUAGAGCAUACAAGGACAAGGCGCGCCAGCCUCUUUUCCUGUGCAGCACAAUCAAUAGCUUUGGGGGUGUUUCGUACUUGUUUGGCCCUUUGCUUGCAGGCAACACAACACGCCGCAUAGACGAAAUUGGCACUCUCCUUCUCGACGUGGAGGAGAAAGACCAGGAGAAGGCGCUGCGCGUAAAGGCGCUCUUUGAUCUCUCUCUGUUUCUCUGCAGCUUGCAAGAUGAUAGCACUCCGCACGAGCUAGUGCUUUCUCUGUACAGAAGGGUUUCCCCACACACAAUACAGGCAUACAAUGCCGGCAAACACACGUUUUUUAUAGACAAAAAAACAGCCUUUGGGAUGCUUAAAGCUAUGGAGGAGCAUCGAAACGCCAUUCUACAGAUGCCUGGCGAAGAAGCCGUGUUUCAAGGCGUGCUGCAUAUACUUAAGUCUUUCGCGUGGAAAUAG